AUGCACAGGAACCUCCGACUAGUGUCCGUGGGGCUAUCCUGGAGGGCCUACCACACCGGACCGGCGGGCGUGUACGGGCACCGCGAGAAACUGCCCCGGCGACCGUUCGAAGUGCCGAGAUCCGAGGUGGAGGCUCGCUCGAGGUACAGCAACUUUUACCGGCUCGUCGGGGCGUACCGCGAGCACGGCCACAAGCAAGCGAGCGUCGACCCAAUCGCCCUGUCCCAGCCGCGCCGUCCGCUUUCGGAGCUACGACCCGAGCGUUACGGCCUCGACCUCGACGAGCGCGUUUCGGGCUUGGACCUACUGGUGCGCGCCGGACGCGACGAGGCCAGCGUGGCCGAGGCCCGCGACCUUCUCGACCAAGUCUACAGCGGCAGCCUCUCGGCCGAGUUCAGCUAUCUCGAGAGCGAGGAGGAGCGGGAAUGGUUCGCGCGGAAGUUCGAGGAGUGCCACCUCGAGGGCCUCGGCGACGGGACGAGGCGAGCGGUGGCCAGGGAGAUGCUCAGGAGCCAGGCGUUCGACAAGUUCUUGGCCAUCAAGUUCGUCAGUCUCAAGAGGUACGGGGCCGAGGGUGCCGAGAGCACGAUGGGCUUCUUCCAUGAACUGUUCGAGCUGUCGAGAAACGACACGCUGGAGGAGCUCGUGCUGUGUAUGCCGCACCGUGGCCGGCUGAACUUGCUGACGGGGAUGCUGGGACUGGCCCCGGAGAAGCUGUUCCGCAAGUUGCGUGGACUGCCCGAGUUUUCCGGGGACGCGAGGGCCACGGGCGACGUAGUCAGUCACUUGGUCUCUUCGGCGGAGCUGGGUCCUGGGUUGAGCGCCAGCGUUCUGUACAAUCCGUCCCACCUGGAGGCGGUGAACCCGGUGUCGAUGGGCCGGGCUCGGGGUCUCAUGCAGCAUCUCCGGGAUGGCGACUAUUCCAAUGAGCCGGGCGCUCGCUGGGCCGACCGGGUGCUCAAUGUCCAGGUCCACGGGGACGCUGCAUACCCCGGUCAGGGGAUCAAUCAGGAGUGCCUGGCCCUCACUGGAGUCCCGCACUUUGAGAUCGGAGGGACGAUACACCUCGUGGUUAACAAUCAGGUUGGCUUCACGACCCCAAGCUCCAGGGGCAGGUCCUCGAGGUACUGCACGGACCUCGCCAAAUUUAUCGCGGCGCCGGUUCUUCACGUCAACGGGGACGAUCCGGAGAUGGUCGUGAGGGCAACUAGGCUGGCUUUCGGGUACCAGAGGGAGUUCCGGAAGGACGUAUUUGUCGACCUGAAUUGCUUCCGGCGCUGGGGACACAACGAGCUCGACGACCCCACCUUCACAAAUCCCCUCAGAUACAAACUAAUCAACAGCCGGCGAUCGAUACCUGACCGUUACCUGGACGAGCUGUCGAGGAAAAGCGUUAUGAGCGCGGAGGAGGGCGAGGCGAUCGUCAAGGAGCACUGGGCCCAGCUGACGGAGGCACUUCAGCGGGUCGACGACUACGUGCCCCAACCGAGCUACUUCGCCGGGCGCUGGUCCCAGCUGGGACAGGCGGACUCGAGCGUGACGACCACCUGGGACACCGGGGUCGAGACGAGUCUCUUGCGCUUCGUCGCGAGCAUGAGCGUCAGGUGCCCGGACGAACUGAACGUGCAUCCAACGCUACUCAAGUCCCACGUGGCGGCCCGGCUGAAGCGGCUCGAGGAGGACGGGCGGAGCAUAGAUUGGUCGACGGCCGAGGCCAUGGCCUUCGGGAGUCUGCUUUACCAGGGCUACAACGUCCGCGUGAGCGGUCAGGACGUAGGCCGGGGCACCUUCUCGCAGCGGCACGCGAUGCUCGUGGAUCAGUCGACCGGCGACAUCUUCAUCCCGAUGAACGCGAUGCUCGAGGGACAAGUUGGAAAACUCGAGCUGGCCAACAGCAUACUCUCGGAGGAGGCGGUGCUGGGGUACGAGUACGGGCUGAGCAUCACCCUGCCGAACUGCCUGGUCGUCUGGGAGGCACAGUUUGGGGAUUUCUUCAACGGUGCCCAGGUGAUCAUCGACGCGUUCGUCAGUAGCGGCGAGACCAAGUGGAUGACCGCCAGUGGCCUGACGAUUCUGCUGCCGCACGGGUACGACGGUGCCGGGCCCGAGCACACCUCCUGCAGGAUCGAGCGCUUCCUGCAACAGACGGACAGCAAGGAGGACAGCCCUGACUCGGACCACGUCAACAUGCAAGUUGUCAAUCCGACCACGCCAGCGCAGUACUUCCAUCUUCUCAGGCGACAGAUGGUGAGAAACUAUAGGAAACCACUGAUUAUCGUUGCCCCAAAGACGCUACUCCGACACGUCUCGGCCACGUCGUCGUUGGACGAGAUGGCUCCAGGCACUAUUUUCAAGACUGUCAUAGGAGAUGAAAAGGUGAACGAGGACGCUGUUCGUAAAGUUAUACUGGUAAGCGGGAAGCAUUACUACGAGCUUGAGAAGCGCAGGGAAGUGCUCGGAGCUCGGGACGUGGCGAUAAUUCGAGUCGAGAGCUUGUGUCCGUUUCCCGUGGCCGAGAUCAACGAGGAAAUUCAGAGAUACACAAAUGCAAAGGUUUUCAUUUGGAGUCAGGAGGAGCCCCAAAACAUGGGUGCGUGGAAUUUUAUGAAAAUCAGAUUUGAAAAUCUUUGUGGGCACAAGUUACGUUACUCUGGGCGAGAGCCUCUAGCAACGUCAGCUGUUGGCAUUGGACAGUUGCAUCAACGUGAAAGCGAAGAAGUCGUCGUUAAACCGUUUGCAAUGAAAUAAAGUGCAAAUUCAAGUUAUUGCUCAUGAUCUAUAAUACGUUGAUAUUGUAAUAAAAUUUAUUUUUUGAAUAAAAAGUGAUAAAAGUUUUU